AAGGCCCCAGAAAAGAGGCGUGUCUCCUGGGUGAAGGUGUUUGUUAUUGGAAAUGAAGGCCUGAACCCUAAAGGAAGUUGUGUACUGUAGUUGAUUUUUGAACGGCAGGGUUCGACGUCUUUCCUUACGAAACGGGCUAUGAGGAACACAUGCACAGAGAGCAACUUCGCAGUUGCCGCCUGCUCAGAUCUCGUAAAUAUAGACCGCUAAACUGAGACCGGUAUAAAAUAACGGAAGGUGAAUUGUGCCCUUCGGAGUGAGGAUCUAGGUUAAGGGUGUAGGAUUGUGUGAAAGGACACAAUUGUCGGAGUGUCGAAGAGUGACAAGCUUUCUCAUCAAAGUACAGAGAAGAUCAAAGUAAAUGACAGAAGAUAUUUAAAGUGGCAGUUGUCUGAUCAGAUGUCCGAUCCUUUGGAUAUUGGAAAGGCAAUGCAAGGCUGUGCUUGGCAUUGUAAGACCUUCAACUCUACAAUGUUUCCUAAAUUCCCAUUUGAUGUCAGAAGGUCUGUUGCUCAAAGAAGUGUGAUGUUUAGCAUUUCAAGGAGCUUCAGCUCUGAGGGAAAGAGCAUAUUAAGUCCUCUACCUAGCCAGGCCCGUGUUGUAAUCUGUGGAGGAGGAAUUAUUGGUACCUCUGUUGCCUACCAUCUUGCAAAGCUAGGCUGGAAAGAUGUGGUUUUACUGGAACAAGGCCGGUUGGGUGCUGGGACAACAAGGUUGUGUGCUGGUAUUGUCAGUGCAGUCAAGCAAAUCUCUAUUGAAAGCAAAAUGGCAAGUUAUUCAAACAAUCUUUAUCAACAGCUUGAACAAGAGACAGGAAUCAAAACAGGUUAUAUUAGAACAGGCUCUAUCUGUCUGGCUCAGAAUCAUGACCGGUUUAUCUCUCUUAAGCGACUUGUUUCUAGGCUCAGGGUGAUUGGUAUAGAUGCUGAAGUUAUUACCCCAAGACAGGUCGCAGAGCUUCAUCCUCUUGUAAAUAUUCAUGACUUAGUGGGAGCAGUGCAUGUGCCAGGAGAUGCUGUAGUAUCACCUACUGAAGUUAACCAUGCCUUGGCAGUUGCAGCAGCACAAAAUGGAGUACAAAUACACGAACGAACAAGUGUCAGCCAUAUAUUGAUUGAGAAGCGCCAUGUGAAAGGUGUGGAAACAGAUCGUGGCACAAUAGAAUGUGACCAUUUUGUAAACUGUGCCGGACAGUGGGCAUACGAGUUGGGCCUUGCUGGAGAAGAGCCUGUGUCUGUUCCAGUUCAUGCAUGUGAACAUUUUUACCUCCUUAGCAAAGUUCUUAAACAACCUCUACAACCUUCAACUCCAGUUAUAAUGGAUCUAGAUGGCAGAAUCUACGUCCGAGCUUGGCUGGGCGGUGUUCUAGCAGGAGGCUUUGAGAAAAAUCCUAAGCCCAUCUUUACGGAGGGAAGGAAUCAAUUUGAGAUCCAAGGCAUGCAGGAGGACUGGGACCACUUUGAGCCCUUACUGACUGCCCUAUUACGCCGGAUGCCUUCACUUGAUAUGUGUGAGAUUCAACAACUUGUAAACUGUCCUGAAUCAUUUACUCCAGAUAUGCGAUGCAUCAUGGGAGAGACACCAAGCGUAAAUGGCUAUUUUGUGCUUGUAGGCAUGAAUUCAUCUGGGCUCUCGUUUGCUGGGGGGGCUGGAAGAUAUUUGGCAGAAUGGAUGACUUAUGGAUUUCCUUCUGAAAAUGUAUGGCCUCUUGAUAUCAAGAGGUUUGGCAGUCUCCAGAGUAGCCGUACAUUCUUGCGCCAUCGUGUCAUGGAAGUUAUGCCUCUUCUGUAUGAACUGAAAGUGCCACGUUGGGAUUUUCAGACUGGACGGCAGCUACGAACCUCUCCAUUAUAUGACCGCCUAGAUGCACAAGGUGCACGCUGGAUGGAAAAACAUGGGUUUGAGAGAGCCAAAUAUUUUGUACCUCCUGGCAAAGAUCUGCUGGCAUUAGAUCAAAGUAAAACAUUUUUCAAGCCUGACUGGUUCGACAUUGUAGGUGCAGAAGUGAAGUGUUGCAAAGAAGCAGUCUGUGUUGUUGAUAUGUCCUCUUUCACCAAAUUUGAACUUAGUUCUUCAGGUGAGCAGGCUCUGGAUCUUCUUCAAAGGCUUUGUGCUAAUGACCUAGAUGUGCCAGUGGGUCACAUCGUUCACACAGGCAUGCUGAAUGAACGUGGUGGAUAUGAGAAUGAUUGCAGUGUUGUACGAUUAAGUAAAAAUAGUUUCUUCAUUAUUUCUCCUACAGAUCAGCAGGUUCACUGCUGGUCAUGGAUGAAACAACAUAUGCCUAAUGAUCAUGAGCUGCAACUAGAAGAUGUUACUUGGAAGUAUACAGCUUUAAAUCUAAUUGGACCUCGUGCAAUGGAUGUUCUUUCUGAGCUGUCUUAUGUUCCUAUGACCCCUGAGCAUUUUCCAUCUCUCUUCUGCAAGGAAAUGAGUGUAGGCUAUGCAAAUGGAAUACGAGUGAUGAGCAUGACUCAUACAGGAGAGCCUGGAUUCAUGUUAUACAUACCUAUUGAGUAUGCACUGCAUGUCUACAAUGAAAUAAUGUCCGUCGGGCAGAAAUAUGGGAUCCGCAAUUCUGGCUACUAUGCCCUGCGUAGCCUCAGGAUUGAAAAGUUCUUUGCUUUCUGGGGCCAAGACCUGGAUUCAUUUACAACUCCUCUAGAGUGUGGUCGUGAGUUUCGGGUCAAGUUUGACAAGGGAACAGAAUUUAUUGGACGAGCAUCUCUUAUGAAACAGCGCCAAGAGGGAGUAACCCGACGAUUUAUCAUGUUCGUCCUUGAAGAUCACGACACAGAACUGGAUCUCUGGCCCUGGUGGGGGGAGCCAAUUUACAGAAAUGGAGAGCUUGUUGGAGCAACAAGCAGUAGUGCCUAUAGCUAUACUUUGGAACGGCAUAUUUGUUUGGGCUUUGUUCAGCCGCCACAGACUGGGCUAGCAAGGCCAGUUGUUUUUACUCCUGACUUCAUUAACAACGGGGACUUUGAAAUUGAUAUUGGUGGACAACGCUUUCAUGCCAAGGCCAAGCUCUAUCCCUUCAGCUCUCUUUUUGCUCAGCAGCGGCGUCGCAAAAAUGAUAUGGAAUUAAGUAACUUUCAAGGAAAAGAAUGAUAAUCUGAUCUUUCCAGAUCAACACCUGCUGAUAUAGUAUUGUCUUUGGAAUAAGGAUAAGAAGUUUGAUAUUAAUAGAAAAUAUAUAUUGCAUUUGUUGCCUAUUAAUAAAAUUUGUAUGAAUCUUUUAAGUAACAUAACACCUAGCACAUAGUUUUGUUGUGAAUAUAACUAUGUUUUUUCAACAUUUUCAACAUUUGAACAUCUGUCUUUAAUAUCUGUCGUAAAAGCUGAAAUCAAGCCAAUGCAGUAAAUUUAAAUUUCGUAACCAACACGUACUUAAGAGAAAAGAAAUAAUUUUUAGGAAACAUAAUUAAAAUCGAAAAGUUUCUAAUUUCUUGGUUUCCACACUAUUUAUAUUGAGAGUUGCAAGUUUGUUCACGUUUAACUAAUUAUAUUCUAGACCACUUUUCUUGGUUUCUUAGUUGAAUCACAUGAAGAUGGCAAGAAUUACCAGAAGAUCUACAGAGAAAGGUAUUGAAAGAACUGAGAUAUAAAAUUAUUUAAAAGACAUAACACAUAUCAUGAGACAUUAUGAACACAAUCAUUAAGUGAAGGACGUAAAGUAAUUGUAAAGGGGCAUUUUUCAAAACUGAUGACUGGACAAGGAUAAGGCUCCUCAGAGAGGCUACCAAAAGCCCAGUGGCAAAGUAAAAGGCCUAAAAGAAUCAAUGGUAGUUAAUGACUACUUCCUGCAUUUUACAACCACAUUGUUAAUUUUCAUCAAAUAUAAACAAUGAGAUAAUUUUAGAUAUAUUCAAAUCUGGAUAAAAUUUUUAGGUGCCACAUUUGCAUCCCCAAGUGAGAUACAUAAUGCUAGCAAUGGUACCAUGCAUUUUUCACGAUAUUAUUUAACUUCUUAUACUAAUAAAAUUCCAUCUUAAUUAAAUACAGAACAAAAUAACAUACUGUUACUCUUCCCAUCCCAUCCAUUUUUAACAGAAUUUAUUGAUAACCUUGUAGCUUUGGUUUAAUUUAGACUUGGGUUUCACUCCUUAUGGUUGCAAACACAGCAUCUGCAAAGAAUUUUUAAGCACUUGUAGUACCUGAAAGAUGUAUGUGGGAACAACAAGGCUCUUGUUAUGAAUGAGAGAAGUGGCUCUAAGCCACUGCACUGACCCUAUCAGCUUUCAACCUCCUGUUGCUUUGAGUCUUACCGUCGUCUUGUCUUUAAUAUAACUGUAGUACUAAACUUGUUGUAAUCUAAUUUUUUUAAUUAAUUUUGUUGUUUUUUUAUGUCCAUUUUGUUUUAUAAGUCCCUUUGGAUAUAAGUUUGAAGCAUUUACUACUGACUAUAAUAGACAUAUGAAUGUGACAUCCCUAGCGCAUGUAAUAAUACAACCAAGAUUGUAAAAAAAAAAAAAAAAUUAUUAUUUUUUCUUAAAACUAAUCAUUUGCUUAACGUAUUAGUUACAAGAUUUUAUGGUAACACUUUAGUGUAGGUAAGGCAGAAAUGCAUCUAUUACUCAUUUACUCUUAUGUAACAAGACCUUAACAAAGGCUUCUUUUGGUUUUCGUAACACUUAUAAAGCAUCAGUCAAUAGGUUAUUCAUCUGUGUGCAGUGUGGAAUAUUGGCAUGAUGGCAAAAUUACUUCAUAUUAUAAAGAAUUUACAGGUCUUAAACUAAAUAUGUAAUAUCAAGAGAAAUGUGUCUUCAUUAAGCCACCUCAUACCACUCCAAAGUGAAGUUUUGUUAGUAGGUCGCACUGCAGAGAUGAGUGCAUACUGUACUGAUGCUUUCUAAGUGUUAUGAAUAACCAAGGCAGUGUAUUUUAAGAUCUUGUUAUACUGUGUACUAGUAAAUGAGUAAUAAAUGCAUUUUUACAGUACCUAAACUAAAGUGUUACCUACAUUAUUAAAGAUAAAAAAAUAGUUAGAAAUUUUUUUUUUUUUUAUUUCAGCCUUUAUAUCUGACAAUUUUAUACCAGUUCAGGGUCCUCAUAAGAAAGAGUCCUUCCCUGCUGCCUCUGGCUCAAGGUAACAACCAAUUCAGGGGGCACUCAAAGCACACACCUGUACCUGGGCUUCACCUUACCUAAAUGUCUUUAAGAUGUGAGAGGCAAAGCAGGGUACCUUUUGGAAAGCCAAACAUUUACAAAGUUGAAAUAUGUAAAGUUCAAGCAAAACAGCAACUGAAAAUGCUGAUGAAAAAUGACAUGCAAAGAACAUCCCUAUUUACUCAUACAAAGGAAGUAAUUCAUAAGUUAACCAUUCAAGGAAUUUACUAAAUUUUGCUCAUUAAUUUUGCAAACCAGUAAUUUGCCUAGGUCAGUAAAACAUGGUUAUGUCAUUGUGAUUAAGAGAAGGGAGGGUCUGGAAAGGUGAUCAAAAUGUCCACAGCCACUAAAUGCAUAGUUUUGAUUUUUGUUUAGGUUUUUUUUUUCUUCUUUUUCUAAAUCAAAGUACAUUGGUUACUAGUGGUAAUCUGGUUCUUGCCUUUUGUUUCUUUUCUUUUCUUUCUUUAUUAUUUCACUUCUCCAUGAACACACUGAUAGUGGUUGUAAUGGCAGUCUACUGGUAACAGGACACAAUGGUUUUCCAUUUUGCUUCGAUAAAGAGGAUUUUUGCUUAUUUCAGAAUAAUAAUAGGAAUAGGUGCUAUAUCAGUAAAAUGUACUAUUCCAUGCUCAAUCCAUCUGAUUAUCCAACACUGGUCAAAUCAGUAACCUUUGAAAACAAAGUUCUACUAUUUGUCAUUACCCAAGAAAACGAUUAGUUCACUUGCACCACUGUCAUGGCAUAUGUUAAACAAUGUGAUGUGUGUGUAUAUGCUUUAUUUUAAGAUUGUUUGGGUUUAUUCUGAACAUUUUGCUAACUUGGGAAUUUCCCCGAUUGUUUAUUAGAAUUUGACCUGAGAACUUGCUUGCUUGCUCAACUUCCCUAGAUUCUUGAUACUUGCAAUCCAGCAAUUGACUGGUAAAUUCAUGAAUUAUUCUGCCUUUUUGAAAGCGGUUUAGUAUCAGUUGCUAGCAUUUUAGUUGAGGCAAUGCAAUCCUGGGUAAUCUAAGAGGGACUGCACAAGAGUGCCUGGGUGCAAAGGGUAAUAGUUGGUGGCUGGAUAUGUAGUAUAGUCUGACUUUUUAAAGACUGUGCAUCAAAAGAAUGUUGUAACAUUGUAUAAAAAAUGUUAUUACAUAACUGAUUCCACAUUGCUCUCUUUUUAUACCUAAUAAUAGGUUACUGUGUUCAUUUUUUCAGUUUUGGUUACUUGUUAACAUACAGUUAAUUUGUAGAACAUGGAAAAUGUAUGUGAUGUAACAUAUAAUGUCAUAUUAUCAUUUGUAUAAAAAGAAAAAAAAAUCAGAAUGUCAUAAAAAGUUGAACAGAAUCUGAUGUAAACAUAAAAGUGGGCAUAAUUCACUUUUGUGGUUUGGCAAACUGAUUUAUGAACUUUUCCGUAUGUUCUCCAAACACCAUACCAGUUUUACUGUGUGAUCGACAAAAUAGUGUAUUUUGUGUGACAUCAUUGAUUUUUCUUUUUGUGUUUCAAGAUGACAACACAAGGAUAGCUGUGUAUGAUACCAAUUUCCUUAUUAUUAUUAUAUUGAGAGGCUAAGAGAUGUUGUAGUUGGAAUAAAUCAACUAAAAGUAGUUAAUUGAGGGUGCAUGAAUGAAUAUUCUAUGUAAGAGAGUGAGAAGAAAUAGUUUAACUCCUGAUAGACAAUGGCUCCUUCCUGUGCUUGUCUGCAUGAUUUUUACAUAAGGAUGACUGUAUUAUUGGGUUAAUACUGUAACACUGGCUAUUCAGUAAACCGGUCAUUUUAAUAAAUAAAGUGAUAUAUAAAUGUU